AUGGCGAGCGUGCAGCAGGGCGAGAAGCAGCUCUUCGAGAAGUUCUGGCAAGGCACCUUCAGAGCCGUGGCCACGCCGAGGCCCGGCAGCGUGAUCGUGGCCAGCAUCACCUCCCGCAAGCCUCUGGCCAGCACGGAAGCACCCAGCUGCCCAACACUUCCCCCAGAAGGCAAACAUUCGGGGGGGCUGCAUUCCGUUCAAGAGACCUCGGGCACCAAUGGCUGUGUGAAGUUGAAAGGCAACCAGGAGCAUGUGAGGCAGAAAUCACACAGCCCUGACAAUCACUGGGAUGUGUCCCCCAAGAGCUUCUCCAAAGUGCAGUUUGGCCUUACAGUUCUCGUGGUCGACAACCAAAAUCGCAACGCCACCGUCACCGUCACGGCCGGGCAGGCUCGGAGAGCACCAAUUCUUUCUCGGAGAGCCAUGGGAGCAGGCUCCAAAGAAGGGCACAGGAGCAAUGCCAAGGUGAAAGUUGGCAUCCACAGUCGCCGGCAACUCUUGCUCGCCGUGACUGUCCUGGGCUUGCUGGGCCAGCAAAGAGCUGUGAGCAAGGUGCCCGGGGUGUCUCCUGCUCACCCGACCAUCACCAAGAUUUCAAAGUCCGGGUCUUCUGCUGACCUCUUUAAAAAAGCAGAGGGCAGGGUAGCCAAAACGAAUGGAGAGCCCCGUGAAUACGACUCAGGAAAUGACACCUCUUCCCCUCCGUCCACUCAGACGAGCACGUCCGGGUCAAAGGGAAGACAGGAGGCGAGCUGUCCGAUUCACGACGGCUUUGACCAUGCCUGCUCUUCCGGGAAGACUAGCAGCGGCAGCGGCUCCGAUUCAGGGAACUCCUUCACCAGCUGCUUCUCCCAGACGAAGGGAGCGACCUUGGAAGACCCAGCAGCGUCUCCACAUGUCCCCGGCAAGGGCCGAAGGUCCUACUCCCGUUCUCCCAGCCACUCUCCCAAGUCCUGCAAGAGAAGUCCCGGAAGCCGGAGCUCGAGGCAGCGACGAAGCCCCAGCUAUUCCCGAUACAGUCCUAGCAGCAGGGACCGUGCGCAAGAUCACAAAUAUGGCUCCAGCGGGAAAGACUCACACAGGCAUCACGACCGCCGGCGGCGCAAGCAGUCCUAUUCUCCCAUGAGGAAGCGACGAAGAGACUCUCCCAGCCACCUGGAAGCCCGGCGCAUCACCAGUGCCCGGAAGCGCCCCAUCCCGUACUACCGGCCGAGUCCUUCUUCCUCAUCUCCCAGCAGCAUCAGCAGCUACUCCUCUUGGUACAGCAGCUUCAGCCACUCUCCCAGCCGCAGCCGCAGCCACAGCCGCAGCCCCUCCAGCGGCAGGACAUGCCGAAGCUGGAGCAGCAGCAGCAGCGGUGGGAGCAGCCACAGCUCAGCGCCGAGGCACAGCCGGCGGAGCCGCAGCGGGAGUUCCAGCUCGACCGGCAGCGACGACAGCCUGCGGCGCUAG